GUACUCACGUCAUGGAAGGCUCUGGACGGAUGCUGGUAACUGCUGUGGGGGUGAAUUCCCAGACAGGCAUCAUCUUUACCCUGCUAGGUGCUGGAGGAGAAGAAGAAGAGAAGAAAGAUAAGAAAGGUGUCAAACAGGAGGAUGGACCUCAGCUUCCAGUAGAUUCUUCCCAUCCCUCCUCCCACCCUCCUUCAGCUACAGAUGGUGCAGCAGGUGCAAAUGCCACUGAUAAUGCAAAUGCCAGCUUAGUCAAUGGCAAAAUGCAGGAUGGGAAUAUGGAGAACAGCCAGAACAAAGCCAAGCAGCAGGAUGGGGCUGCUGCCAUGGAGAUGCAGCCACUGAAGAGCGCAGAAGGGGGAGAGGGAGAUGACAAAGACAAGAAGAAAUCCAACAUGCACAAGAAAGAAAAAUCUGUUCUUCAGGGAAAGCUGACCAAGCUGGCAGUCCAGAUAGGCAAAGCAGGUUUGGUGAUGUCUGCCAUCACUGUAAUAAUUUUGGUACUAUAUUUUGCCAUUGACACGUUUGUGGUCAACAAGAAACAGUGGUUGCCUGAGUGCACUCCUGUGUAUGUUCAGUAUUUUGUUAAAUUCUUCAUUAUUGGUGUUACUGUACUUGUGGUUGCUGUUCCUGAGGGACUUCCACUUGCUGUCACUAUCUCUCUGGCUUAUUCUGUAAAGAAAAUGAUGAAGGAUAACAAUCUGGUCCGCCACUUAGAUGCUUGUGAAACCAUGGGUAAUGCUACAGCCAUCUGCUCUGACAAAACAGGGACGCUAACAACCAACCGGAUGACCGUUGUCCAGGCCUACGUUGGUGAUGUCCACUACAAAGAAAUCCCUGACCCAGAUUCCGUACCCGCCAAAACCCUUGAUUUGCUGGUUAAUGCAAUUGCUGUCAACAGUGCUUAUACUACAAAAAUUCUGCCACCAGAAAAAGAGGGCGGGCUGCCUCGCCAGGUAGGCAAUAAGACGGAGUGUGGUCUCUUGGGAUUUGUCCUGGAUUUGAAGCAGGACUAUGAGCCUGUUCGGAACCUCAUCCCUGAGGAGAAACUCUAUAAAGUUUACACAUUCAACUCUGUGAGAAAGUCCAUGAGUACCGUCAUUAAAAUGCCAGAUGGUAGUUUCCGAAUGUACAGCAAAGGAGCUUCUGAAAUUGUUCUGAAGAAAUGUUCCAGGAUUCUUAAUGCAGCUGGUGAACCUCGUGUCUUCAGACCACGUGACCGAGAUGAAAUGGUGAAGAAAGUGAUUGAACCUAUGGCCUGUGAUGGACUGAGAACUAUCUGUGUUGCUUUCCGAGACUUUAACAGCAGCCCGGAGCCUGACUGGGACAACGAAAAUGACAUAUUAUCUGACCUGACUUGCAUCUGUGUUGUUGGCAUUGAAGACCCAGUAAGGCCAGAGGUCCCAGAAGCCAUAAGAAAGUGCCAGCGAGCUGGAAUUACAGUCCGCAUGGUCACUGGAGACAACAUCAACACAGCUCGUGCCAUUGCCAUAAAAUGUGGAAUCAUUCAUCCGGGAGAAGAUUUUUUGAAAGAGUUUAACAGGAGGAUCCGAAAUGAGAAGGGAGAGAUUGAGCAAGAGCGGAUUGACAAAAUCUGGCCAAAGCUUCGAGUGCUUGCUCGUUCGUCUCCCACGGACAAACACACGUUGGUGAAAGGUAUUAUUGACAGCACACAAGUGGAACAGAGGCAGGUUGUAGCUGUGACUGGUGAUGGGACCAACGAUGGACCAGCACUUAAGAAAGCAGAUGUUGGCUUUGCAAUGGGUAUUGCUGGGACAGAUGUUGCAAAGGAAGCCUCAGAUAUCAUCCUAACAGAUGACAAUUUCAGUAGCAUUGUCAAGGCCGUAAUGUGGGGGCGUAACGUCUAUGACAGCAUCUCCAAGUUCCUGCAGUUCCAGCUCACUGUGAACAUUGUGGCUGUGAUUGUGGCUUUCACCGGAGCAUGCAUUACCCAGGACUCUCCUCUCAAAGCUGUACAGAUGUUGUGGGUCAAUCUCAUUAUGGACACCUUUGCCUCCCUUGCUUUGGCCACCGAACCUCCAACAGAGGCUCUACUGCUAAGAAAGCCAUAUGGCAGGAACAAACCUCUUAUAUCCCGCACCAUGAUGAAGAACAUCCUGGGCCAUGCUGUUUAUCAGCUUACUCUCAUCUUUACACUUCUUUUUGUCGGUGAGAAAAUGUUUAAGAUUGACAGUGGAAGGAAUGCACCACUUCACUCUCCUCCUUCAGAACAUUACACCAUUAUCUUCAACACCUUUGUCAUGAUGCAGCUUUUCAAUGAAAUCAAUGCACGGAAAAUCCAUGGUGAAAGAAAUGUCUUCGACGGCAUCUUCAGAAAUCCAAUUUUUUGCACUAUUGUACUGGGUACAUUUGCUAUUCAGAUAGUAAUUGUCCAGUUUGGAGGAAAACCGUUUAGCUGUUCUCCCCUGCAGCUUGACCAGUGGAUGUGGUGUGUAUUUAUUGGAUUAGGAGAACUAGUAUGGGGUCAGGUCAUUGCAACCAUCCCAACAAGUAGGCUAAAGUUUUUAAAGGAGGCAGGGAGGCUCACUGAGAAGGAAGAAGUCCCUGAAGAAGAACUCAAUGAAGAUGUUGAAGAAAUUGAUCAUGCGGAGAGAGAACUUCGCCGUGGACAAAUUCUCUGGUUCAGAGGGCUCAACAGAAUCCAAACCCAGAUCCGCGUCGUGAAGGCAUUCCGUAGCUCUCUCUAUGAAGGUUUAGAAAAACCAGAAUCUAGAACCUCUAUUCACAACUUUAUGACUCAUCCUGAAUUUAGGAUAGAAGAUUCCCAGCCCCACAUCCCACUCAUUGACGACACAGACUUAGAAGAAGACCCUGCUCUCAAGAAAAACUCAAGUCCACCAUCUUCGCUGAACAAGAACAACAGCGCUAUCGACAGUGGAAUAAAUCUUACAACUGAUACAAGUAAAUCAGCUACCUCUUCUAGUCCAGGAAGCCCAAUACAUAGCCUGGAGACAUCACUUUAG